GCUUCGGAAAGAAUUUCCACUCUCAACCUCCUGGAUAACGUAGGGACUCAUCGAUAUUUCUGAUAGCGGCUACAAUGUCUGGAAUGUCGGUGUCCCUUAGAAGCCGCUUUGGGACUUGUCCGGCUCCAGCGGGGACCUCAGUCCCACGCACUCCAACCCUAGAAAGAGGCGUGGGGUGUGGCAGCAGUCCAGAUAAUAUUACUGAUUUUUCUACACCCAAGCCGGGGACGGUUCAUUCAGCCCUCCGGAGAGGGGGCUGGUACUUUCGUUCUAAAGCUCUCGUUUCCUAGGGGAGCAAAAUUGAUAGACGCAGUGGGUGUGUUGUGUUUCGUCUUCCCCUCUAUCUCUUUCUCUCUCUCUCUUUGAGGGCCAGAAGGGGUUAAAUCUCAGACAUCGGCUUCGUUGGAGAAGUGAAUGGUUUCUGCAACCUUUCGAGAGAUGAAGAAACUGAGGCACAGAGAGGUUAAGCAACCUGCCCAAAGUUACACAGCUAUUAAGUGAGCAAGCUAGGAUAUGAACUGUCUGUCUGAAUCCAAAGCCUAGAAUUUGGAGCUGGAAGACAUGGAUUUGAAUCCCAGUUCCACCACUUUCCAUCUUCAGUUUUCUCCUCUGUAAUUGGGAAUGAUGAUAGCAUCCACCUCACAGGAUUUUCAGGGACAAUAUCUAAUAAAGAGUUGCUCAAUGAACUACAGAAAUUUCUAGAAACUGAAAAAGGUGAAUUAAUUUUGGAAGUUUCAAACCCACCUCCCAAGAAAAUUCGACUACAUGAAUUAGAAGACGGGAUUGAUAAUAUGAGUCAAAAUGGAGAAGGAAAGGUCUCCAGUGUUGAAGAUGGAAACCUUGCUUCCAAGACUUCAAGUUUAAAUGUAUGCAACGUAUGCCUAGGAAUUCUCCAGGAGUUCUGUGAAGAAGAGUUCAUCAAAAAGGUAUGCCAAAAAGUUGAGGCCUCUGGAUUUGAAUUCACCAACUUGGUAUUUUCAGUCUCCUUCCCACCACAGCUAUCCGUAAGAGAGCAUGCUGCAUGGUUGCUGGUAAAACAGGAAAUGGGAAAGCAGAAUCUGUCGCUGGGAAGAAAUGACGUAGUUCAGCUAAAAGAAGCCUACAAAUGGAUAACUCACCCGCUGUUUUCAGAGGAACUGGGUGUUCCUGUUGAUGGAAAGAGCCUGUUUGAAGUGAGUGUGCUCUUUGCCCACCCAGAAACAGUUGAGGAUUGCCACUUCCUACGUGCAAUAUGCCCAGAUUGUUUCAAGCCAGCCAAAAACAAACAGUCAGUAUUCACUAGAAUGGCAGUUAUGAAAGCUUUGAAUAAGAUAAAAGAAGAGGAUUUCCGCAAGCAGUUUCCUUGUCCUCCAAACUCACCAAAGACUGUAUGCACUGUUCUUGAAAUUGAAUGCGCUCAUGGUGCUGUUUUUGUGGCUGGGAGGUAUAAUAAAUACUCCAGGAAUCUACCACAAACUCCUUGGAUAAUUGAUGGAGAAAGGAAGCUGGAAUCUUCAGUGGAAGAAUUAAUUUCAGAUCAUCUUUUGACAGUAUUCAAAGCAGAGAGUUUUAAUUUUUCAUCCUCUGGAAGAGAAGAUGUUGAUGUGAGAACGUUAGGAAAUGGAAGGCCCUUUGCAAUUGAGCUGGUGAAUCCUCAUAGAGUACAUUUCACUUCACAAGAAAUUAAGGAACUUCAGCAGAAAAUUAAUAAGUCGUCUAACAAAAUCCAAGUCCGUGACUUGCAGCUUGUCACAAGAGAAGCAAUAGGACAUAUGAAAGAAGGGGAAGAAGAAAAGACCAAGACCUAUAGUGCCUUAAUAUGGACAGAUAAAGCAAUACAGAAGAAAGACAUUGAGUUCCUAAAUGACAUAAAGGACUUAAAGAUUGACCAGAAAACACCUCUCCGGGUCCUUCACCGGAGGCCCCUGGCUGUACGAGCUCGUGUCAUUCACUCCAUGGAGACGUGCUAUGUGGAUGAGCACCAUUUCCGCCUCUACCUGAAGACACAGGCUGGAACCUACAUCAAAGAGUUUGUACAUGGAGACUUUGGGAGAACCAAGCCGAACAUUGGCUCUCUGAUGGAUGUGACUGCAGACAUUCUUGAGCUGGAUGUUGAGGUAAACCAUUUUGUUGUGGAAAUGCCCAUUUGCACCUUGAAUUCAAAAAGUAUGCAUUUUUGGUAUUAAGCCAAAUAGUACUACUCACCUUAAGAGGUGUUUGAAAAUGGUCAGAAUCUUAUAGUAGCGUUAUACUGCAGGAGAGGUCUAUCUUGGAAUUUUUAUAUCUUAAAAAGAAACAAGGUCUUAUUUGUGAUUCUUGCAAAUAUAUAGCUGACUUAUUAAUUGUUCUUUAUACAUGGCAUGAGAUCUAAACCCUUAAAACACACAUGGAAAUGAAGUUGUAAGUGCCCUUCUUGUGUCCUUUGAUUUUGUACUUCAUUCCCACGCCAAUUUUGUCUUACAAAGAAUUUAAGGCAGCCUACUCAGAAAUGUAUGUUCAUGACAGGUAGGGCAUGUGAUGAGCCAAUGGUUAUUAAUGAAAGCAGUUCUGUGGACCCCUAGGAUGUGGUCCAAAUUCUCUACUCUUAUAAUCUGAAUUAACCUGUGGAACAAGGUUAACUUUGUAAGUAAUUGGAAUAAACGGAAUGGAUCUUUCAGGAAGUUCUCCAUAAAUAUUUUCCUCAUUUGAGCAUCAGCAGAUAUUGAGUCCCGAGUUGUGCUCCCAUUAGGAAUAGAGUUCCCUCCCCACCCCCACCCCUCCAAUUUUGGGAGAGGCCGAUAUUCUGUACUUGGAACUUGUACCCGUUAUAAAAAAAAAGAGGGUAUAGUUGCCUAGGGUAAAAGCAGCUAUGGUAGUCCAAUGAUCACUGGAGCAUAUUACCUCACCGGCAGUUCUCUUGAGGUCUUUCAGAUUCGAUCAUACUCAGCUCAGCCAGUGAUAGCAUCUUCAGGGUUGCAGGUGGCCUCCUCAGAGAGAAUAUAUGUGGACAAAGACACUUUUCUGUUAAAGAAAACCCAGUUGCACUUGUUACCUUACUCCUUAGAACAGUUUGGGGGUGGCGGUCACAGGCCAGUGUUUCUCAGCUCUGAUGACCCAUUGGAAUCACUUAUGGAGCCUUUCCAACCAUACAGCAUGCCUGCCCUCCCCUGCGUGCGACACAUGCUGAUUGUAAUCAGAAAGGUUUCGUUUUCAGGCUUGAGAAACCACCCAUCACCUUAUAUAUGGGUGUUGGGUAUAUGGCUAUAUUCUGAAACGGUACCAAAAUAUUUUCUUGGGAUUUAUAAAAGGCACACACGUACACAUGCAGUAGUUACUUGGGCUUUUAUAAUAAAAUGUUUCUGAAUCUGGUAUGUGAGGUGACUCACUGAUCAAUUUAAAAAUCCAAGUUUUAACUUUACAUCUCAAAUAACAUGGUACAGUGGAUUUUUAGAAAACUUCCUCUUAAAUUAGGCCCUCCAGGGUAGUAAAGAUGAGGUGCAAUUUAAUGCUUCUAAGCCCUGGAACGUGGCACAAAAUAGUCUGGUACUGUAAUUUCAUUAGGUUUCGUUUUAGAAGAACUGGACCAGGGCGGGUAGAAAUACGGGAAAAAGAAAAGGAUCAGAAGAAUAAAAGCUGCUGAGGUUUCAGAGGGAAAGUUGGUGUUGCCACCUGAAUGUUCGCUUUUAACUUAAUUACUUUUGCUAAUUAAAAAAUUAUAAGUGUACUCUAGUCUCUUAUCAGUCAACAGGCACAAUUAAUAACCAGCUGAGUAACCAAAUACUUGGUAAGUUCAGCAGCAGACUGUAGACCCAAGAAUCCCAAGGCCUAGACUUGGGUUUAGAGUGUUAAAUUGUAUUCACUGGCUCUUUUCUUCAAAUGCAAUUUCUUCUGUUAUAGUACUAUUAGAAGUUUACAUUUAUACAGCAUUAUCAGCAAAUGCUUCUA